AUGGGUUAUGAGAAGAUAGACGCUUGUGUAAACGACUGCUGUUUAUUUAGACAUCAGUUGCCGGAGCUGGACAAUUGUCCUAAAUGCAAUUCUUCACAAUGGAAGAUUAACACAAGAACUGGUGAGGUGAAGAAAGGUAUUCCACAGAAAGUACUUAGGUACUUUCCGAUCAUUCUACGUCUCAAGAGAAUGUUCAGGUCAGAGGAAAUGGCAAAAGACAUACGAUGGCAUUUCACUAAUAAGAGCACCGAUGGAAAAAUGCGUCAUCCCGUGGAUUCUGUGACGUGGGAUCAAAUGAAUGAGAAGUACCAGUCAUUUGCUGCAGAAGAAAGGAAUAUUAGGCUUGGACUCUCCACAAAUGGGUUUAAUCCUUUCCACAUGAAGAAUGUUAACUAUAGUGCAUGGCCUGUUUUGCUAGUGAAUUACAGCAUGCCACCUGACAAGUGUAUGAAGGAGGAGAACAUAAUGUUUACAUUGUUGAUACCUGGUCCCACUCAACCUGGAAACAAUAUAGAUGUGUAUUUAGAACCCCUGAUAGAGGAUCUCAACCAUCUGUGGGAGAAGGGAGAGUUAACGUAUGAUGCAUUCAGUAACACUACAUUCACGUUAAGGGCAAUGCUUCUCUGGACCAUACAGGAUUUUCUGGCAUAUGGAAAUCUAGCAGGCUGUAAAGUAAAAGGUAAAAUUGGUUGUCCUGUCUGCGGGAAACACACAGACAGUUUGUGGUUGAGUAAUUGCAGAAAGCACGUAUACAUGUCUCAUCGGAAGUCUUUGCCACCCAGACAUGUUUAUAGAGGAAAGAAAGCAUGGUUUGAUGGUAAAUCUGAGCGUGGAAGAAGAAGUAGGAUUCUGACUGGUCAUAACAUAUAUCAAAUAUUCAAAAACUACAAGAAUGAUUUUGGAAAUGUAAGAGUAACUGGAAGAAACAGGAAGAUGAAAGAUUGUGUUGACUCUCCGUCUGAUACUGAUGAUGAAUCAGAAGAAGAAGAAGAAGAGGUAGAUGAAGAGGAGCUAUCCAGAUGGAAGAAGCGCUCAAUCUUAUUUAAAUUACCUUAUUGGAAGGAAAUGUCGGUCAGACAUAAUUUAGACGUGAUGCAUGUGGAGAUAAAUGUUGCGGCUAGUCUGGUUGCUACACUGAAGGAUUUGCAUCCCCAAGUCCGUGAAAAAAGAACAUAUCUUCCUCCAGCUCCUUGGUCUUUGUCCAAAACUGAGAAGAAAGUAUUCUGUAAGCGUCUAUUUGACUUCAGAGGUCCAGAUGGCUACUGUUCAAAUAUUUCAAGAUGCAUUAAGAUGGAAGCUUGUACCGUCAAAGGACUUAAAUCACAUGAUUAUCGUGUGUUGAUGCAACAACUUCUUCUGGUUGCAAUUAGAGGUUUGUUACCUAAAGGUGUAAGGAUAGCUAUUGGACGCUUAUGUGCUUUCUUCAACCACCUGUGUCAGCGAGUUAUUGACAGAGAGACAAUUUCUGUAAUCGAGCAUGAAAUUGUGGAAACUAUCUGCAUGUUUGAGAGGUACAUGAAAGUUAUGAAAGACUUUGUUAGAAACACCGCAAGACCAGAGGGUUGUAUUGCUGAAGCAUAUCUCGCUGAGGAAUGCAUGCGAUUCUAUAGUGAUUUCUUGAAAAAGACAAUAAAUGCUGAUGAGGAACUCGAUAGAAAUGCUGAUUAUGAGAAUUGCUCUAUACUGGAGGGUCGUCCUAUAUCAGCAGCCACUUCAUUUCCUCUUACUGACAAUGAGAGGAACAUAGCACAUCUUGCUGUGAUUCAUAAUAUGGCCUUCCUUGAUCCUUAUGUAGAGUACGUUGUUUUAUCAAGAGUCUCUUUGAUACCUAUCAAUUCUGAUCAUCAUGAAGAUAUACUUAAAUGGUUAGCAUAUGGUCCUCGUCAUUGCGCAAGAUCGUACACGGGUUACAUAGUCAUUGGCAAUCAGUUUCAUACAAUUUUAGUUGAUAGGCAAACUCAGAACAGUGAUGUAUUACAUGAGGCCACAACAAUGUGUAGAGCUAGUGCAAAAGACAAUUCUCCAAUGGUUGAUGUUGUGUCCUAUUAUGGCAGAGUGGUGGAUAUUAUACUGCUUGAUUACAAUGUCUUCUACAUUCCUAUAUUCUGGUGUCAAUGGGCAAAAAUAGGUAAUGGAGUAAAGGAAGAAGAUGGCUUCACCCUUGUCAAUCUUAACCAAAGUCAAGUUUCGUUCGCAAAAGAUCCAUACAUACUAGCAUCUCAAGGAAAGCAAGUGUUUUAUUCAAGGGUAGAUGAAUCAUCGAGUUGGUAUGUAGCUAUAAGAGGUUCUACAAGAAGAUAUAGUGUAGAAGAUGCUGAAUCUGGAAACGCAGACGUUGGGCCAUUGCCAGUAUCAGUCAACAUGGAUGCAGAUGACUUGGUUGAUGAAGCUAGGAAUGCCCGAUCUGACUGUGAACGGAUUUAUGUGUGA